CUGAAAUGAUCCACUUUUAUUUCUUUUAAAAUACCUGACGUACCUAGAUAACUUACUGGAUGUCGGGCAUACUUAAGGUACAGGUCAUGAGAUUACAUACAGAUAUUUAUACUAUAUAAGCCUAAAAUUUGACAUUAUCAAGCCGACAAGAACAAAAAUGUUUCAAUAUAAAUUAUUUUUGUUACUAUUUAUUUUCCCGUUUCCAAGCCAAGGGGUUUCAACACAGAAAACGACACAUUUGAAGACAAAAACAACAGCAGAGCAACCAGAUAUUAGAUGUAACAUUAGAAAACCGGAGUGCCCUAAUGGUUUUUGCUGUGCAAGAGAUGAGUUUUUGCCGGAGUAUACUAUGUGUAAACAUACUGGUAAAAUAGAGUCUUCUUGUUCAACAGUAAUUAAUGAAGCCAAAUGUCCGUGUGAAACUGGAUUAGUUUGUGUUCCGAACGUUAACAGUGCAGAUUUCGUAUCGAUUUACGGCAAAUGCCAGAAUAAUAUUACGACAACUCAUUCAACUGUUGCAACUGUUGCAACAACAGUAAAAAGAUCCACCACAAUACUGACAACAACAACUAAAAAACAACACAAGGAACAUAAUCAUCCCCCAAUUAUUCAGUUUCAAAGUUUAACCGUAAAAGUUUCUAAAUUUUCUAACGUUGGACAACCAUUUUCAAGAUUUACUGUAAAGGAUGAUGACCAGGGUAAAAAUGGAAUAGUGCAAUGUUCAGUGAUACAACCGGGAUUUUUUCGAAUAGAAAAGGUUGAUAGUCACUUAUUUCAAGUUGUUGUAGCAACUUCAUUAGAAAGUUUAACUCCACAACGUUUAUCUACACUUAUCAUGUGCCAAGACAACGGAACUCCUCCAUUGAAUGGAUUAAUACAAGUUGCUGUAAACAUUGUUUUUGAAAAUUUAGCAAUAGAUACUACUAAAUUACUUCCAUCAACUUCCGUAACUAUGAAAACAUUAAACUCAAAAUUAGGAUCGAUUUCGAGUAAAACUGAAACAUCACAAACUGUGAACAACACACCAAGUACUGAGAAUUCAAAAACAUCAUCUUCGCAAACUUCGGAAACCUCUACUGAGAGACCGAUCCAUUCUGAUACAUUUAAUUAAAACACAUGCGCAGUGAAAGACUUGUUCCCAAGUGACUUUGUGAUCAGUGAAAUUUACAAAACAUACAAUUUUGUGCAGUGAUAUAUUCAGAAGUGACAACUAUUGAACUACUUAAAGUGUUUUAACAUUAUUUAUCACCCAUCUUUGUUCUGAACAAAUUACAAAUGAACUUUAAUAAAAGGCGUUCACAUA